UCUCUCCUAAAGAUGCUCCAAUGUUGAGCAGCUCGUGUCGAGUGCGUAUAUCAGUACAUGGGACAAUAGUCAUGGUUGUGUUCUCAGUAUGCAGUGAUCUUCUCCAACCGAUUCAUCUAUUUGGAGUACUAAAUUUAUUGCAAUAUUUAGUAUCUCUUUUGUUCGAGAGUUUUCUGUGCAGCGGUGAUUACAAUGGCGGCCAUGUCUGCAGCGAUGGCAGCGUCAGGAUCUGCUGUGGCGGGUCCUUUGUCGUCUCCCUUCUCCACAUCUGGCUUUAACUCGGCCAGAGUUCAGCAAUUGGGCAUCAAGCGCACAAAUACCAGCUUGAGUGCUUCCAGAAUCGUGGUAGUCAGAGCCAGCCACAACUCUGGGGAGCAUGUCCCAGUCAGGUCCAAGAUUUUGAUAGCUCUUGUAGCUGCCGGAGGAGCACUCACACUUGGUUCCACCCCUUUUCCCAACUCCAGUGGUGAGGCCAUAGCGCUGGAUCUGAAUAGCAUUACUGACAAUGUGAAGGAGCUAUCCAGCAACAUUCCCAGUUCUAAUGGCGACCAGGACGGGAACUCCGCCGUAGAGGUUGCCAAACAAGUCGCGAAACGAGUAGCUACAAACGCUGCACGAGACUUUGCAUCCGAGAACAGCGAGAACAAGACCGAUGCCCUCCUGGACAGUGUGAAAGACCUCGUCGGGAAGAUACCCAGCUUGGGAGAUAUCGAGCAGGCCAAAAACGCCGCCGUAGACGUGGCAAAGAGUGCCGCUCAAACAGUGGCAGCUGACAUUUCAAAAGAAGGAGACAGCAACCAAGCAAGCGGCGUUUUCGAAACCGUGAAGUCUCUGUCGAAAAACAUUCCAGGAUUCGAUGCAGACAAGAUGGUCCAGAACGCUGCGAUUGACGCGGCGAAAAAUGCCACUCAAAGCCAGGCAUCGAGCGCUGCACGCGACUUAGCUGAUCAGGCCAAGAACAGGAUCGGAGCAGAGGCCGGCAAAUUUCUCUUUAACACCAUAACUGGUCAAAACAACGACAAUAAUUAGUCACUGUCAAUCCCUUGCAGAACCUCCACCGGCAUGAAUCUGUACAUUAAAUGAGUCCGAGAGGAUUGCAGCAAUCUUCUUGCAAGUAAACUGGUAGCCUAGACGAUUUUCGAAUCAGAGCUGCGCUGCACUGCACCGAUUGAAAGUGGUCAUCUCUAAAGCUUGUAAAUGUUAGAAGUUUUCAUUUCUUAUUUUGAUGCUUUUCAAUAAACUACAUUCAUGAAACUU